ACGACCAGUUCAGUAACCGCCGCUCACCUUGAAAGAGUGGUCACACUGUAGCGAGUGCUGUCAGGGAGUGUAGAAGUCCACGUUAGACACACAACAAUCGGCGAUCUUCUUUUUUUUUUCAUUUUUUUCAAUGUUUAUUGUGAAGUGUGCGUGGGUGUUUGAUUCUCGUCGUAGGUCUUUCGUUGAAAGCUGUAUUUCAACAUCAGUUUGCCGGUGCGUGAUGGCAGAUUGUUGUUACUAACUGCGACUGAAACGUGGACGAAAACCCUCUGUGUGUGUUUUGGUUUUGCACUCGGUUUUGCCAAAUCGUAUUUCAUUGUGCCCCCACAGCUGACACGUCGUGUGGUAAGAAGAGAUUGGAAGUAGUUUAGAUUUAGAAGGAUUGAAAUCCUUUUUGACGCACCACCAAAAACCGAAAAUGAUGAACUUUUAUGAGAAUCUCUGCUUCCGGUGCGACCAGACGGUGUACCAGGUGGACCGUGUCGGCCCACUGAAGGACUUUACGUUUUUCCACCAGGGCUGCUUUAAAUGCUCGGCGUGCGGCACGAAAUUGACGCUCAAAACCUAUUACAAUAAUCAGGAUUCUAAUGACGACAAGGAGGUCUAUUGCGUGAGCCACGUACCCAAAAUCGGACCCGGUCACCUGGACGGAUCGGCCGUGGGUAUUCGCUCUGCCUUGAAUGUGCCCAAGUCGUUCAACUACGUCAACGAACAGAUCCGCGGAGGAGGCAAAGGCACUUUUGACGCCGAGGCGUUGGCCAUUAAGCCCCACCUAAACAACGGCCGUCAUGGCGGUGAGAACGGACUGUUUGCCGAACACCAGUACGGCCGUUUCGAUGCCAGCGCUCUUCACAUUGCUCACGCUCUACGCGCCACCGAGCUCCAGCGCAGUUACAGGCGACCUAUUGAAAAGCCUCUUGACUCUUAUCUGGACAAAGACACUCAAGUUCGAUUGGAAAUGAAACACCGUAAGGAAGAGGAUGACCUGUACCGCAAAUUCGCCCGGCAACGCGAAGAAGAAGAGUUUAAAUUCAAGGAAGAAUUCCGGGAAGAGUGGGAGAAGGAGCUGGAGAAGUUGACGUCACGGUUCGAGCGUGAGCUGGCCAACAAACGGAAGAAACCCGACGAGCAAAAAGUGUUGACUCUGAGACUGCAAAGGGAGCGCGAGGAUCUCGAAAAGAAUCUAACCGUCCGCCGUGACAAGAAAAAGGAGUCGCUCACCCGCAAGCUUCUGGAACAUGAACGGGCGGCGACUGCAGCGCUGGUGGAAAAACAGAGCAAAGAGAUGAUGAACCUAAUCAACGAAAAACGCUCCGAGUUUAUGCGUGCCGAGAGCCUUUACAUCGAUGAUGACUAUCAAACAGAAGAAUUGUUUCCUUACCCAAGUAACGCGCCUGCCCCUCAACCACCCGGUGUGGCCAAAACUGAUAUCUAUCACGACCCACUGGUUUUUGCCGAUAUCGAUCAAAUUGCUAUCUCGGUGGCACAAGAAGAUCAGAAAACAUUCACAGACCUUGUACGCAUGUUGAUUGGACGAUGUGGAUCCGAUGUCGAAAAAGCCAGAACCAUUUUCCGGUGGAUCACGGUCAAGAAUUUGAAUACGAUGCAGUUCGACGACACCGUUCGUACUGACACACCCAUGGGUUUGCUGCGAGGCAUCAAGCACGGCACGGAAAGUUACCACGUCCUGUUCAAACGCAUUUGCAGCUAUGCUGGUCUCCAUUGCGUGGUCAUUAAGGGCUAUUCGAAAUCAGCCGGUUAUCAGCCGGGAGUGCGCUUCGAGGACAACCGCUUCCGCAACUCGUGGAACGCCGUCUAUGUCGCCGGUGCCUGGCGCUUCGUUCAAUGCAACUGGGGCGCACGUCAUUUGGUCAAUGCCAAAGAGGUGCCUAAACCUGGUAGCAAAAGCAAAUCCGACAGUCUUCGCUACGAGUACGAUGAUCAUUACUUCCUAACGGAUCCUAAAGAAUUCAUCUACGAAUUCUUCCCUCUUCAAGCCGAAUGGCAACUGCUUAAAACCACCAUCACGCUCAAAGAGUUUGAAGACCUGCCUUUUGUGCGUUCCCUCUUCUUCCGUUAUGGAUUGUACUUCCCAGAUGACAACACCAAGGCAGUUAUGGUUACAGAUUCCACAGGAGCUGUUACCAUUCGGAUCGGUAUGCCGUCCAACAUGCAAGCCAGUCUGAUUUUUCAUUAUAACCUUAAAUUCUACGACAAGGAUACCGACACGUUCGAGAACAUCAGUUUAAAGCGUUUCGUCAUGCAGUCUGUUGUUGGCAACGUUGUUGCCUUCCGAGUUCACGCCCCGUGCAGUGGAUCGUUCCUGCUGGACAUCUUCGCUAACGCAGUGACGCCACGCGAGUACCUGACUGGAGAACCCAUGAAAUUCAAAAGCGUUUGCAAGUUCAAGAUUGUUUGCGAGGACCUUCAGACAGUUAUGGUACCAUUGCCGGACUGCGCUAGUGGUGAAUGGGGUCCAAUGAAAGCGACCCGUCUCUUUGGUCUCGUGCCCAUCACGCAUCAAGAUGCACUCAUCUUUGCCGGCCGCGAGCUGGAAUGCCAAUUCCGCAUGUCUCGCCCUCUGACUGACUUCAUGGCCACGCUCCACAAAAACGGUUCGGAGGAGAAGAGGUUAGCAAAAUACGCUACGCACUACGUGACUGACGAUCUGGUCACGUUUAAAAUCAGUUUCCCCGAAGAGGGUCAGUACGGCAUGGAUAUUUACACGCGUGAAGUCAAUUCCAUGGGAAAUAGCAGUGGCAAUAAUGCUGAACAUAGCAACGAGAAACACCUGUUGACUCAUUGCUGUAAAUAUCUGAUCAACUCUUCGAAACGUAACCAGAUUUAGAGUUGAAUUUUCUACCGCUAAACAGCUUACCCAUCUCUUCUUUCUCUACGUUCUGUUUCUGCCUUAUCUGUUUCGGUGCUAAAUUAACAAGGUAAUCAAGUAGCAACUGGUUCCUCAUCCAAUCACUAAAGCAACACAGUAGCUGCACUGAUUCCUGCAUUCAUUAUAAUUUUUUUUUUUUUUUUCGUUUUUUCCUCGAUCGCUAUUUGAAAAGAACGGAGACACUGUGAAGCCGUGUGAAAGCCGGCCUUCCGUACGAUACCAUUCGUUUCAUUCACGUUACGUGCGAAUGAAACAGACGUUUAUGUUGAUAUUUUUUCCCCCUUUAUUUUGCUGGGUAGUAAGGCAGCUUCACAUCGAUGACGAUUACGUUUGAAAACGGAGAUAAAAUGAUUUUUUUUCUGCCUAUUUUUUGUAUAUUCUUUAUAACCAAGAUGAAGACGCCUUUUAACAUAAUUGUUAACUCUUCUUUUUUCAAGAGUAUUUAGUCCUCUCACCCCGAAAAUUGUCGGACGUUUCAUCAUAUUACAUUCCUUGUAACGACAUAAAAACAAAACAAAACAAAACAAAAAAACUAAACAAAACAAAACAAAAACAAAAACAAACAAAAGAAAAACAAAAUUGGAAAUAUGGUUACAGUGAUUCACUUCUAUUGUUGUAGGCAUAUUUAGAAACUAAUACGGUUUUAAUAACCUACAGUGCAUUCUGUAGAAUCGUGAAGUAAAAGACAUUCUAAAACUGUGUAAUCACAAGUAUGGCAGUUGGUCAACUGCUGAUGACUGAAGUCCUAAUACAAAAGAAAAAUGGUGCUUGUAAUACACUAGAAAACAACAUUAA